CAGGCGGGGAUAAGUCUCUUAUACUCGGAGUUAGAUUGGUUCUCAUCAAAGAUGGAACCCGACUGUUACGGCCGCCCAUGUGGUGCCAACCAAGUGUGUGUACCGGGACUCCUUGCGGACGGGAACAUAAAUGGCUGCUCGUAUGCGUGCCUAAACGUAUCAGGGCCUGUUUGCCCCCUUCCGGAAUGGCUCAGUGGUUCAAGGACACCCGGCUCAGUAAACACUUUCAGUUGUAAUGCAUGGGAAACAGGUGGAGGGACAGCAACAUGCGGCAAAGAUCUGAAGUGGAACGCCACUGUUAAAAGAUGCAGACCCAUUUUAAACCUCCAGUGUCAGAGUGAUGUAGUGUGUGCACCAAUCAAAGCCCAAUGCCGUAGCGGGAGAUGUGAAUGCGGAACUGGCAUGUCAUAUAACUCCACAGACAAUUUAUGCGACGCAACUCCAUGUCUCAACCGCGAAUAUCUCGUUAACGGGGCCAAUCCGGUUUCCGAUUCCCAGCUGUCAGUGUCCUCGGUAUGGGAAAAUAAUGAUCUUGUAUGUGGAACUCUGGGAGAAGAUGGAAUUCGUCCUCGAAUGUAA